GCAAAGGACGAACUGCAAGAACGCGCCCGGCCAGAGUGAGCUGUGGAUCGGCAACCCUCAAGUAGACAUGGCGGCGGGCCUGCCCAGUGUUGUUGGGUUACUUCUAUGUGUCACUCUGGUCCCUGCUGUAUCAGCAUGGGAAGAGUGUAAGGCCUACAGAGAUCGCAGUGGUGUGUACCAUGCAUCCCAGGACUGCCCCGGCCGAUACUGCUGUGGAACCUGUGAAAACAGAUAUUGCUGCUCAUCGUACAUGAGUAGACUCACUGAAGAUGAACAGGAUGACUGCUUUGAUGGUUUCCCCACCAGCUUUGAAGUCGACAGGACGGUGACCUACGUCGCUACCUUCAGCACUAUGUUUAUCGUGGUCCUCCUCCUCAUCUGCUGCUGUGUCUGUCCCUGCUGCUGCCUGUACAAGAUGUGCCGCAAGCCACAACCGGUGAUAGCCACCACCACCCAUACCACGGUGGUCAGCAGCACUCCCCAGCACUACCCCCAGCAGCCAGUUGUGUCCCCUGGACAGCCGCAGUCCUACCAGGGGGCAGCCUACCCAGGCUACCAGCCUGUGCCAAACCAGCCAGCCUAUGGACCCCAGCCCAUGCCCCAGGCUUAUGGAGCCCAACCCAUGCCCACAGCGCCCUACCAUGGACAACCUUAUGCACCAGGACCGCCUCCACCAUAUCAGGAAGCCACCGGUCCUUGCUACCCUCCGGCUCCGAUGCCCUAUAGCCAGGCUGCGUUCAGCCCGGGGCAGCCAGCGUACCCUCUCCAGCCUCCUGCCCAGCCCCAGGCCAGUGCUCCGCCCACACAGCCAGACUACCUUGCCCAGCCAGCGUACAACCCGGAUUACGCUCCGCCACCGCCCAAGAGUGGAUGCUAGACCAUACCACCACGCCCUGGGCCUUGUUCAAUAUGCUGCAGCUGCUUAGAACUGGUCAGAAUUGGAAAUUGUGUUAUUCAAAAUUGAGACAAGAACCACCCGCAAGUGUCAUGUAUUGUGGGUGUCGGUGGUUAAACAUGAGAAUGUGACAUCACAUGUGUCUUGGAUGUUGUGCAUUCUUCCCCUUGAGGAGUUGCCAAGUGCAAAUGUAGAUAUCUGAUGGGUUUGUUAGUGCAUGAUCUCACAAUAUGCAGCUAGUGAGAAUCUUUUUUUUUUUUUUUUUUUUUUUUUUUACUUGGUGGCCCUUAGUAGAUUAAAAACAACAUUUUUUAGAUGUGUGUCAAAGUGCCCCAACUUCCCCCUCCCAGUUCACCUGCUCAGGCUCAGGAUGAACCUUCCUUUGAAUUUGUCUGGUGUUGUUACCGUUUACAGAGGGCGCAAUCAGACCAAAAGCUCAGAUUUGUUUGAUUCAAGAUUCAGAUUCAAGACCUUAUUUGCCAUUUGCUCAGGUACAGAUGUACAAGGGCACGUAAUAGUAAAUGAAGAAAAGAUACACACAAUUAACAGAUCCAAAAGAUGCAAAUAGUAAAAAUUAUAAAUUGAGCAUGUGCGUGUGUGUGGGGGUGUGGGGGCCGUCAGACUGUUGUCUCAGUUCAGAGAGUGUAUGAGUGUAUGGCUGACUAUGAUAAUAAUGUUGUUGCUUGAUGCUGGUUUAUCUUGAUAAACUACUUUUUUUCCACAAUCUCUUUUUUUCCACAAUCUCUUUCAUAUUCCGCCAUCCCAGGACUGAUGGAUCAAAGUUAUAUUUGUUGUAUGUGUACAGGAUCUGGGCACAGGUUAAUCCCAAAGUAUUUAAUACUCCUGAAUGGAGGAUUGCAUAAUGCAUAGGAUACAUUUUCAUUGGAAGAAUAUGUUACCACUAAAACUGAAAAAAGACAAAAAAAAAAAAAAAAAAAAAAAAGCCUGCUAUGUUCAAGAAGUGGGUUGUUCUUUCAAACCUGACUUGGCUUAACUUGUCAUGCUUAAGACAUGAUGUUUUUUCACAGCCUCAUUAAUGGAAGAUGUUGUCCAGACCGCCAUGUUCCAGCUUGUUAAAUUGCUCUUUUUUUGGAUACUA